AUGGCGAGCAGGCAGGCAGUAGUGGUGGCGCGUCGACCAGAUGUGCUCCGAGACGAGAUGCUCUGCCCCAUCCCUCCCGUCAACUGGAAGGAGGAGACGGGGCCCGGCCGACUCAAGGAGCCAAGCCCGGUUGCUAGCCCCGUCGCUGUCCAUCAUGGCUUGGACAGCGAAGCGUGCCCCAUCGCCCCGCAAGACUGGCGCUCUCGCUCUCAGAGUGACGCACCAGGAAGGAUAGCAGUGCCGCUAGUGCGCAGGACCGAAACAGCGGCGUCGACUGCGUCUUCCGAAGGCGAUGAAUCAGGCGGCAAACGGCGGGGCGAAACGGCCACACACGAAAGUACACUUAAACUCAUAGUGGAUGCAAUUCAGCCGGCGGCGCAAGAGCUUUUAACAAAAACCGGCACUCCCGCUUCAUCCGCCACUCCGACGUACUUUGCGGCCUCGCAAUCCGUCGCGUCCGCGCUCAUGUCCCCUCGCCCUGUCACGGGCACGCCUUCCUCAUCAGCCGCGUCAUCCGAGACUGGCGCGCCUUCAGGCACUUUGAGUUCCAGCAGCGGCAGCAGGAGGAGCAGCCGCAGCAGCAGCAGGAGCUCCGCGUGCGCCGAGGAGGUGCAGCUAGAGGUCACCGUCAAAAGCCCUGAUGCAAAAGCGCAAGCGCCGUCCUCGUUGCCCGCGUCUACCACUGCGUCCCCUUGUGGCAAGGGCGUGCGUGCGCUUGCGCGUCACACCAGCGAGUAUGGCCCGACUCGAAACAGCUCCGAACAUAGCGAUGGCUCUCACGAGAAUUGCGUCCAAGCCGAGCUGAAACAGGGUAUGGACGUAUCGCCAAUCGGCGACUUCUCUUCGCGCGGAUUCGGUUACACUGGCCUAGUCAAGUCCUCAUCGGGGGGUCCAUUUCUCGCGCCUCUUUUCCCAUCUUACGCCUCGUCUGCCGCCUCCGUCGCAGCACCUGCGGUUAGUACUACCUCCGUCGCGCUCUUUCCUUCGGAGAGCGAUCUUUCCGUUUCGCAUGCUGUCUUCAAUCCCGCGUCAGCGAGGGACGCAGUGGAGCCGGCCGCGGCGGUAACGGCGGCGCGGCGCGUCACUGUGGGCGGCGUAGCGCAGUUCCCGUGCUAUCAGUCGCCACGGGACGUGUUCGCGGGAAUUUCAAAUUCCCCGACUGAACAAGCGGCGGUGGCAACAGGCAGCUGUUUCGGCCGAGCAGCAGCGGAGGGAACCACGGGCAGUGGGCGCAGGCGAUUCUCCGAGGCUUCGAGUCGUGAGGAAGCGAUUCGCGCGGGAAUUGAAAUGGGCGUGGCCAUGGGCGUAGGCGUGGAGAUUGGGCAGCGGUGCCGCGAGACUAUAAGCAAGGGCGGUGAGGAAGCAGGAGCUGAUGUUCCUGCAGUGAGCUGCGCGGAUUGGUCAGAACUGAGUCAUCUGUGCGGCAAGAUGGACGCCGCGGGGAUUCGCAUCGAACAGAUCGACCUCACCACGCUUGGCGACACCGUUGACGAUAUCACCAUCCACUGA